UUUUCCUUAGUAGCAAGAAUAUGGUUAGGGCUUGAUUGAUUGGUAGUAAUACGUCCGAUAGAGAUAUUUAUAUAGGCUUUUCUAGCUGAUUGAUAGGAAUGUUAGUCUCCCGGGUUUAUUUUCUUGACCCGCUAAAAUUUUGUUUAUUAUCUACCAUUCACAGAAUAGGCAAUAUCACCAACACCCUUCCGAUAGUGUGAAACCCAAAUUUACCAAUAGAAUUUAGGGCACUUUGCAGACCAUUUUGCCCUUCAAUUCCUCUUCUUCUUCUUUGUUGUGGCCUCACCCCAAAUUGAAGUGAGAGCUCCAACACUUGAGUUUCUCCAGCUGUGGCCAUAAGAGGACGAUCGAUUUAGAGGCGAAGGUAUUAGCGUAGAAAUGACAAACGAACUAACUCAGACUAAGGUUGCACGUCGGCGGAAAAAGCUUUCAUACUUCAUGCUAGUGCUAGAGGAGAUAUUUACAAGCCAUUGCUCGAGCGCAUUCCGGCGAAUGUACACCACAUCAACAGAUUGGUUGGUGUAACUGAUCGGUCAUGCAUGGAUAAUCUACGCAUGGAUAGGAACACAUUCGGUCGACUAUGCCGUUUAUUGAAGGAUGUCAGUGGUCUUUUGUGGAUAAGAAGUUUGUCACCGUUGAAGAAAUGGUAGCAAUGUUCUUGGGUAUACUAACUCACCACAAUAAAACUCGUGUGGUUGGUUUCCAUUUUCUCCGCUCAUCGCAGACCGUUUCUUGCUACUUGUACGUUGUCUUAUAUGGAGUGCUAAAGCUUCAUGAGAUUUUGCUAGUGAAAUCUGAAUCUGUUGAUGAAAAUUGCAUCGACGCAAGGUGUAAGUGGUUUAAGGGUUGUCUAGGAGCAUUGGACACGACAUAUAUCAACGUUUGUGUUCCUGCCACAGAUCUUCCCAGAUAUCGCAAUAGGAAAGGACAAAUAGCCACCAACACAUUGGCUGUAUGUGACCACCGUCUAAGAUUUGUCUAUGUGUUACAUGGGUGGGAUGGAUCUGCCGGGGACUCGAGGAUAUUGCGAGACGCACUCAGUAGACCACUUGGCUUCAAAGUACCAAGAGGACAAUACUAUUUGUUUCGAAUAGUGAAGGCUUUAUCACUCCAUACAAAGGAGUUAGAUACCAUUUGAAAGAAUGACGACCCUCUUGUCAAGCCCCUCAGACACCGGCAUAAUUGUUCAACAUGCGCCAUACCAAGGCUCAAAACAUCAUAGAGCGAGCCUUUGCUGUGAUGAAAAUGCGCUGGGGGAUUCUUCGCAGUGCAAGCUAUUAUCCUAUUGAUGUGCAAACAAAUCUUAUCAGUGCUUGUUUUUUGGCUCCACAAUUUCAUUCGCGGUCAAAUGGAUAUUGAUCCUCUUGAAGUGCAAAUGGAUAGCCAAGGGGACAAUGGCAGUCGAUCUGAUCCUGAUGAUGAUCGAGUGGAUUUCAUACAGAGCAUCGAACCUACCACCCCUUGGGCUAAGAAGAGAGACGAUUUAGCAGCUGAAAUGUGGCUUGAUUUCAGUUCAUAAUUUGUUGAUGAAACUGUGUACUACUUAAGAACUUGUUUUCAUUUUGAUUUUAGGAUUUUCGAUAUAUUCCUGAUGGUACUUUGAAAUAGACAGAAUUUUAUAUGCACUAGUUGAUUUUAUGGAAGCUACUGAUCCAUUAUAAAUUGCUACCAAUUCUAAUUUUCUUGGGACUACCA